UAAGGUCUCAUAAAUCAACAACGGACCGGCAGUGGCACUGGGAGUCUGGGUCUACUCGGCUUCAAUCAAAGAUCUUUCCGAAAUCUCUCUCCUACUCGCGCAUCCACGCGUAGAGGCGAAGGCGAUCGAGCGGCGAUGAAGGGGAAGAGCCUUCCGAUCAUCACGUUCGAGCACAAGAGGGAUGCCUACGGGUUUGCAGUGCGGCCGCAACACUUGCAGAGAUACCGAGAGUAUGCAAAUAUUUACAAGGAAGAGGAAGAAGAGAGAUCGGAGAGGUGGAAUGAUUUACUCAAGAGGUUGUCUGGUUCUGGUAUGGCACUCACUGAUGGCUUAUCAGCAGGGAAAAGGAGCAUUAGGGAGCAUUUGGAAGCCGCCAUCGUGUCUGGAAUGGAUAAUGUUCUUAAUGAGACUAGUGAUUGUAAUGCCAUUGAUGAAGUUCUCUCCACGAAACAGACAUCAGAAGAGGAAAGAAAAAUUCAUUGUGCCCAAACUUGGGCCCGGAUCCGUCCAUCCCUUAGUGCCAUUGAGCAGAUGAUGAGUCACCGGGUAAAAAGGAAAAACUCAGAUGGUGGUGAUCAAGCUGCCCCAAAGAGUAGGCCAAACCUUGCAUCUAUAGAAGAGUCGAAGGUCUCAGAAGAAUCAGAAGAUGAGUUUUAUGAUGUUGAAAGAUCUGAUCCUGUUCAGGAGGUGUCUUCCGGAGAUGAUGGAAAUGUUGAUUCCAGUACGAGUAUCUCUAGUCAAGGGGUACCAGAAGAGACAAAAGAAGAGCUGGAGUGCUUGGUCCGUGGGGGGCUCCCAAUGGCUCUUAGAGGAGAGUUAUGGCAAGCUUUUGUUGGUGUUGGAGCACGUAGGGUGGAAGGAUAUUACAAUAGUUUGCUAGAUGUAGAAACUAAUACAGACGGCAAAGAAGUUGGAUUUAUGCUUAAGGAUGAGAAUGGAAACAAAAAAAGGAUUUCUCAGGGAGAUGAAAAAUGGAAAGGACAGAUUGAGAAGGAUUUGCCUAGAACUUUCCCUGGCCAUCCUGCUUUAGAUGAGAAUGGAAGAAAUGCUUUAAGGCGCUUACUCACUGCAUAUGCUCGGCAUAAUCCAUCUGUUGGUUAUUGUCAGGCAAUGAACUUCUUUGCAGGAUUACUUCUUUUGCUGAUGCCUGAAGAAAAUGCAUUUUGGACUUUAUUGGGUAUCAUUGACGACUAUUUUGAUGGUUACUACUCCGAGGAAAUGAUUGAAUCUCAGGUGGAUCAACUUGUUUUUGAGGAUUUAGUCCGUGAAAGAUUUCCAAAAUUAGUGAAUCAUCUGGAUUAUCUCGGAGUGCAGGUGGCAUGGGUUACAGGACCAUGGUUCCUUUCCAUUUUUGUGAAUAUGCUUCCCUGGGAAAGUGUUCUUCGAGCUUGGGAUGUGCUUUUGUUCGAGGGAAGUAGAGAGAUGCUUUUUCGCACAGCAUUAGCUUUGAUGGAAUUAUAUGGUCCUGCAAUUGUAACAACAAAGGAUGCAGGAGAUGCUGUAACAUUGUUGCAGUCACUUGCUGGUUCUACUUUUGACAGUAGCCAGCUUGUUUUGACUGCUUGCAUGGGAUAUCAACCUGUAAAUGAGAUAAAACUACAAGAAUUAAGGAACAAACAUCGACCAUCAGUGAUUGCUGCCAUGGAGGAAAGGUCUAAAGGGCUUCGUGUUUGGAAAGACUCUAAAGGUCUUGCAACUAAGCUAUAUAGUUUCAAGCGUGACAAUGGACCACUAGUAUCUGAAGCAAAGGCUAAAGAAAAUGUUGGUGAAGCAAACAACAAUGGGGACAUCCAAUCUACCGAGUCUGAUUUGACAGAUUGUGAGGAUGUUCUUAGUACUCUUACAGUUGAUGCAGAGUUGGAUUCUCUUCCAGAUCUUCAAGAGCAGGCCACAUGGUUAAGGGUAGAACUAUGUAGAUUGCUUGAGGAGAAAAGAUCUGCCACCCUCAGAGCUGAAGAGUUGGAGACUGCAUUAAUGGAGAUGGUGAAGCAAGACAAUAGACGACUUUUGAGUGCAAAAGUUGAACAAUUGGAGAAUGAGAUAGCUGAGUUACAGCAGGCUUUAGCAGAGAAGCAGGAACAAGAACGUGCAAUGCUUGAGAUAUUGAUGCGGGUUGAGCAAGAACAAAAGGUUACAGAAGAUGCUCGCCUCUUUGCAGAGCAAGAGGCUGCUGCUCAGAGGCAUUCUGCUCAUGCCUUGCAGGAAAAAUAUGAAGAAGCGAUGUCUUUACUUGCACAAAUGGAGAACAGGGCUGUAAUGGCAGAGACGAUGCUCGAAGCUACAUUGCAGUACCAAUCUAGCCAGCUCAAAGCACUGAAGUCUCCAAAGACACCAAGUUCAGAUAAAUCAUCUGUGCCAUCAAGUCUAGACUCAUCUCAGGAAAUUCCUCCCAGAAAAAUAAGCUUGCUUUCUAGGCCAUUUGUUCUUGGUUGGCGCGACAAAAAUAAGAGCAAACAGAAUGCCCCAGAGGAAUCCGUUGACGGGGAGCAAAAUGUAGAAAAUCGAAAGAGCGAUACGAACGGGCACCAGGAGCAGGAAAAGUAAAAUUUUGGAGAGGCAGAGGUCUCAUCGCUUGUUCCAUGGCUGCCAUAUAUUUCGAUGCUCCAGCCUUUGGCCACGUCGGGAAGAGAUGUUAUUGUGCGCUUUUUGUAUGCAUUUAGGUUGCUUAAUUCAUGUUGUAAUUUGUGUAGUGAAAUAGUAUUAGUUCAUCUGUUGAUUGCUUGUUAUUAAUAAAAUUUAAGCCUGGUUAA